UCCAAACAAAAUUCACGGUUUCACUCUCACUUUGUGAUCUCUCCGAGAGAGCUUUUUGUUGUUCAAUUUUUGUUUUUAAAGUUUCUAAUUGGGUUUCGUUUUCUGGGUUCGAAACUGCGUUUCGGGUAGUGAAAACCUUUUUUUUUUUAAAAAAAAAAAAAAAAAAAAACAAAUCGGGUAUGGAGGUUUCGAUGAUUGGGAGCUCUCAGGCGAAGAUUUGGAAAACCGAUUUGGCGUACAGGGAGCUGGGUUUUUCUGAUCUGAAAGGUGUUGGGAAGGUGUUUUCUGCGAAGAGCAGGGUAUGUUUCGAGCAGAGCCCGAGGUGGAGAAAGGCUCGAGUCCGAUUCGCUUUGAAGGCUGUUCAGUCUGAACCGCUCCGGUCCGAGAAAGUCUCGGUUUGUACCAGAAGAUCCAAAUCGCAUGAUGGUGUAAGAUUAUUUGUUGGGCUGCCCUUGGAUGCGGUUUCCGACUGCAAUGCAGUAAACCAUGCUAAAGCAAUUGCAGCUGGCCUGAAAGCUUUGAAGCUGUUGGGAGUGGAAGGUGUAGAGCUCCCAGUUUGGUGGGGAAUAGUAGAGAAAGAAGCCAUGGGGAAGUAUGAGUGGUCAGGCUAUCUUGCUCUUGCUGAGAUGGUUCAGAAAGUUGGCCUCAAGCUUCAUGUGUCUCUUUGCUUCCAUGCAUCUAAACAACCAAAAAUAUCACUCCCCAAGUGGGUAUCCCGGAUUGGCGAAUCCCAACCCGGAAUUUUUUUCACCGAUCGGGCAGGACAGCAUUACAAAGAGUGCCUAUCAUUAGCUGUUGGUGAUCUUCCUGUGCUUGAUGGGAAGACUCCGAUCCAAGCAUAUCAUGAAUUUUGUGAGAGCUUUAAGUCUUCUUUCUCACCUUUCAUGGGUUCCACAAUCACGGGCAUCUCUAUGGGUCUAGGACCAGAUGGUGAGCUCCGAUAUCCUUCACACCACAGGCAAGCCAAAAGUAACAAAAUCCCCGGAGUUGGAGAAUUCCAGUGUUAUGAUAAAAACAUGCUUAGCAUUUUGAAGCAACAUGCUGAAGCAACCGGUAAUCCGUUAUGGGGACUUGGCGGUCCUCACGAUGCCCCGACUUAUGACCAGUCGCCCAACUCGAACAACUUCUUCAGGGAAGAUGGCGGAUCAUGGGAGUCUCCAUAUGCUGACUUCUUCCUUUCCUGGUACUCAAACCAGCUCAUAUCCCAUGGAAAUCGUCUCCUCUCCCUUGCCUCUUCAAUUUUCAGUGAGACUGCAGCUACAGUAUAUGGCAAGGUGCCACUAAUGCACUCUUGGUACAGAACCAGAUCCCAUCCAUCUGAGCUUACUGCUGGGUACUAUAACACGAGCAGUAGAGACGGUUAUGAAGCGGUUGCAGAGAUGUUUGCAAGGAAUUCAUGCAAAAUGAUUUUGCCUGGAAUGGACCUGUCAGCUGAGCACCAGCCAAAUGAGUCCCUCUCAAGUCCUGAGUUGUUACUUGCUGAUAUCAGGGCAAGUUGCAGAAAGCAUGGAGUUGAUGUUUCUGGACAAAACUCAUCAGCUUCUGUGGCUCCCGGUGGCAUGGAACAGAUAAGGAAGAAUUUGUUGGGUGAGAAUGCUGUGGACUUGUUCACUUAUCAGAGAAUGGGAGCUUAUUUUUUCUCUCCGGAGCAUUUCCCUUCAUUCACAGGGUUCGUCCGGAGUCUUCAUCAACCAGAAUUGGAAUCAGAUGAUCUGCCUAAAGAAGAAAAAGAAGCUCUGCACGUAAGUUCAGAAUCAGGCGUUCACAUGCAAGCAGCUUAAUUAGUAAGAGUGUUAGAAAUAUAUUCCUGUAAAUAUAGAACAAUAUAUCUAUUUUUAUCAUUUGUAUAAUAAGACGUUAUAUAAUUUGUACAUCCUGGUUUAAACUUUAAUGGAAUAGAAAGCUCUAAUUGUGUAGAUAAAUUUAUCUUAAGCUUGCUCUUUCCUACAAGGAUCUUGGCAGUUUGCCAGCUCC